AUGGUUAGUAUUGUAAUGAAUGAUAUAUUGAAUAAAUAUAAUACCGUUUUAAUUAUGAUUCUUGUUGUUGUUGUCGCCACUUGUUUCGCUGAUUUAUGCAGUGUAGCCAAUGUUUCUGUGUUUUUAUUUGCUCAAUCUAAUUUUGGCUAUUACAUUCAUGGACAUUCACCGACAGGUCAUUCUGAUGUAGAUUUAGGCGGUAUUACACAAAUGCUGUCAAUUGAAAAUGAAGGUAUAGCACCGAAACGUGGUAUUACACCAGACUCAAAUGAUCACACCUAUCGUAUGGCUUUACCUUCAGGUUUACGUCAAACAUUCAAUCGUCUUUAUACACCAUUAUUGAAUUUAACAGCGGCGAAUCCAGAUAAAUGGGGUAAGCAUAGCUCAACGCAAGCAAUCACAAAUGAAGUUUACAAUAAUAUCAAUCGAUUUUUGAAAAGAUUCAUUUCAAGAGAUGAUCCUGAUGGUUUACGCUAUAGAAUUGUACGUCGUAAAGCAUUUGAAGAUAUUCUUGAUGGUGAAUUUGAUGAUACAACAUUUGAAGGAUUAUUUUAUAUUGUUCUAUUCUGUUUAGUGGAUUUAUUAAGUCAAAAUUUAAUAUUAUCAGCAUUUUUUGUUAUAUUAAUAGGAGGUUUAUUCAGUUUAAUACGUGAUGAUCUUGGACGUCGUAAUACAGCUAGAAAAACACUUGUCGAUGAACGUUUUUUAAUUUAG